UCAUUCUUGUGGCAGGGAAUGCUGAUACUACUGCUUGCUCCAUCCCAGAUAAAUGGAGUCUUUUACUUGGCACUGGCACUAUUAUCAGUGAAGAAAUCAGGACUAGCGUAUGUAGAAGAGUUCGUACGUAAGCCUGCAGUUGGUGGCUUGGAACAUUCCAUGUACGAAAAGAAAAAACCAAAUAUUGCUCCAAUAAAUGCUUGUUGGUAUAUUGGAUGGACUGUGGGAGCCAUUACAGGCCUUGUGUUGACAUCAAACUUUUCUUCAAAGCAAAUGCUCAUGAUUUCAGCAAUUGUUGGGGCAAUUGGUUGCAUAUUUUUCUGUUCUUACAGCAUAUGUUAUAAGGUAUCUUUGGGACAUCAUCAAGAGUAUAAGCAUGAAUUGAAGCAUGAGAUAAGGGCGCUCCUAAAAUUGUUCCCUAAAUUGCUCCCUCUGUGGGCACCUUUUCUUAUCUAUUAUAUGGUUGAUGCAGCAGGUAGAACCUUCUUCAUAGAACAAGGGAAAGUGUCGGGCCAUGGGGGAGCUUGUUUGUAUAUGCUCCAGAAGAUUGUUGGCUUCAUGGCUUCGGCUUUGAUAAAUCUUGGCAUCACAAAGUUUUCGAGUAAGAGAAACCAGCCUAAAUGGGUUGCUACAGUCGCAAAAAUUACUUGCGGGAUGUUCAUUUGUUUUUUGAUCUGCCUCUUGAGUUGGCAUGUUGAGGCUAGCAGAUUGCAAUCAAUCAAAAACAAUCAAGAUCCCAAAAUCAUUCUACAUUUUGCGAUGUUUUUACAGUUUAUCCUGUUAGAGACCAUGAACAAAAUGGUUGGAAAAAUGCUGGGAAAGUUCUUCUGUGACUAUGUAGCAGAUGAAUCCAUGCAUCAUUUGGAAUUCACAUUCAAUAGCUUUGUGGAGGGAAUGGGAAGAUUGUUGGGUGUGGCAUGCAUUCUCGUUUUUCGAAAUUGGAUUGGUGACACCAUCAACGAAAGCCAUCUUGACAAAUACUAUCGAGCACUGACAUUUAUCAGCUUAUGUGCCUGUGUUAUAUUCAUUAUUCUAUCCUAUACCUGUUAUUGGAAAAAAGAGACAGAGGAUCAUGCCUCUCUUGCUACGAAGAUAGAAGAAGUCGGACUAACUUCGGAACCUCAAUCUUUCUCUCUGCACUCAUCACCGCAAUGGUCUGCUCAGUUCUCAGCUGAUGAAUCCAUGUUCGCAUGUUCAGAACAAACAUCAGUACCCUCAAACUUGGGCAGUGCUAGACCCUCCACUAAUAACAAGUGGGUAAAAUCCUUGACCUGUCCAAACCGGCCUCCACCUGCAGAAGAAGUCUCCAAUGAUUAUCGGCGCUCCCGUAGUGCCCCGAAUAAUCUACGCUACCGUGCAUCUGCGAAAGCUUCCUCUCAACACUCUGAGGGUCGUUUAGAGAUAAAUUAAGUUAAUAAUUGUUAUUUUUUAUA